CCAAUCCCUUUCCCCGACCCUUUCCCAAACCCAAGGUGACUGGUCACCUCUCUCUCUCUCUCUCUCGAUCUCUCGAAGUCUUAACAUUUACUUUCCUCCAAUGGCCAUGAUUUCUAUCUCCCAAAAAAAAAAAAACGUCACGAUUUCCUUACGUUUUCCAUCCUAUAUAACACCGUGGCCGCAUCUCAUCAUCCCAAAAAGCCAAGGAGUAUAGCACCAUCUUUCCCAAAUCCUGCUCUCCUUCUCAUUCAUAUUUUCCACUCGACAUCCUGAGAAAUGGGCAGCGUUGAAUCGGAGAGACUGGUCACCGGAUGGGCCGCAAGGGAUCCCAGUGGCUUUCUCUCUCCCUACACAUACACCCUAAGGAAGAAUGGACCGGAGGAUGUGGUGAUAAAGGUGUUGUACUGUGGGAUCUGCCACACCGAUCUCCACCAGAGCAAAAACCACCUUGGCAUGUCCAAUUACCCCAUGGUUCCAGGGCAUGAGGUGGUGGGGGAGGUGGUGGAGGUGGGCAGGGAGGUGAGCAAGGUGCGGGUGGGGGACGUGGUGGGUGCGGGGGUGAUCGUGGGGUGCUGCCGGGAGUGCGGGUCGUGCAAGGCGAACAUCGAGCAGUACUGCAACAAGCGUAUCUGGUCCUACAACGACGUCUACACCGACGGCAAGCCCACCCAGGGCGGCUUCGCUUCCGCCAUGGUCGUCGACCAAAAGGAGGAAAACAAUAACUGGGAGCUUCAUAGGGAGCAUGGAUGAGACACUGGAGAUGUUGGAGUUUUGCGAGAAGAAGGGCUUGACUUCGAUGAUUGAGAUGGUGAAGAUGGAGCAAAUUAAUGAGGCUAUGGAGAGAUUGGAGCGCAAUGAUGUCAGGUACCGUUUUGUGGUAGAUGUGGCAGGCAGCAAGCUUGACCCAUGAUCCUCCAAUAAGCAAAGGCUUCAAAAAGGAAACGGUCCUGAUGCAACGUUUCCUUUUGAUUGCCUUUCUUUACCUUUCCACCUGUUCAAAGUAGAGGCCUAUGUAUUCGUACGUGUUUCUCUAUCAACGGGGUUUUCGGCAUUGUUAUCUUUUGAUGAUGAUAUGAUUAUAUAAUAUUGUAAUAUGGUGAGUUCUGUUAAACAAGGUGAUAAGUUGCAACUAAUUAGAAUAUGACCAACUCCUUCCGUAUUCUGCAUUCGAUAUGGUGACUAUCUAAUGGAUAUUGAUGGGUGUAAUCCAUGAAUAGUUGUGUUAGAAUAUUUUAUAUAAAAUUUUUCAUUUGCUGGGCA